AUGGUAUGGUCUCGACCUCGGAUCUCCCUAAGGGCGUACGACGUGGGAGACCCGGUGUACUUCGUGGAUGACACCGGUGGCGAGGACUGGUACAUCGUCACCAGGAUCAACAUGCUCACCACGGUGUUCCGGCGUUGGGACGGGCAGGCGACCCUCAUCGCCAACAACAUCAUGGCCAAGAAGGCUAUCCGCAACCAGUGGCGGUCCAGCCGCUACCUGCACCACACCAUGAUCGCCGUCUCGGUGGACACCCCGAUGGAGAAGCUCGAUCAGAUGAAGAGCGGAAUCGCGGCCGGGUUGCGGCGCGGGCGCCACCGCCACAAGCACGGCCUGGGCGGCCUGCUGCCCGACACGGUAGACUUCCAGAUCAAGGGGCUCACCGACGGGAACCGGCUGUCGGUGUUCGUCCUGUGCCAGCAGCGCGAGAACAGCGCCAACAUGGGCCGGCGCUUCGGCAACUCGAGCUUGUUCCACAAGCUGCUCGCGAGGGAGUGCAACCGCCACGGCAUCAGCUACACCCUGCCCGCGCAGCCGCUCGUCGCGCAGAAGGUCGGGGAGGCGGAGGCCUUCAACGUGCGGGAGGCGUUUUUGGGAGGGGAAACCGGGCGCUAGGUGUGCGGGCGCCAAUAUGGCGGAGCGGAGGAGAGCACGGCUUGUGCGACGAGAGAAGGAAUCGGAAGAGGAGUAGAGGACGCCAUUCAGGAACGUGAUUACGUUUGGUACGCUGGAUAACGGCGACAGCGCGAAAGUUACCGUGCUGGGCGAGGGAGUACGGUCAAAAACGGGUGGUUCACGGGGGUGCUCAUAGCCGUACAUGUCGUGGUCGUUGAGGGGUGGGUAGGUGUGUGUAGGGAUAGGAAGUACUUAUAUGGAGGAAUAGUUCGAGAGUCCUUACAUGUUGCGGCUUCUCCAUUAGGGGUAGACUAAGAACCAUGGCUUCUCUAUGUCGAAAUGGAUUCGUGAUCAUUCGUGUGAGGCAAAUGCCGUGGCCGUGCGAGUGAUCGCGCACACCCUAGGCAGUGAGGUCAAACCUGCGUUUCUUCGGCCAGGUGACACAGAUGUGUGUUGCGGGGACUGGUCUCAUGUCUUUCUUCCAUUUGGUACGACGGCGCUGAAAUGACCGGUGGGCCAAUAACAAAAUCCAGUCUUCAAAAAGUACCGCGGUAGGUGCGAACCCCGUGCUGUGGGUGUGGGUGUGGGUGUGGGUGUGGGUGUGGGGAGUUGUUGCUUUUAUCGUAGAAAUCUCAGGUUAAUGACCCUGCAGCAGUACAAGUCGGCCCAAGAAAACACCCCAAGAGGGGUCGGUGUGUGUUGUCGUUGCCUCUGCUGUUUUUGUGGGCGAGUCCUUGGACGACGCCGGGGACAGAGGCGUUACGUUCCAGGAGACUUUUGCCAUGAGAUGGGGCGAGUACUGACGGUGAAGCUGUGUUUACGCCAGAAGCAGGGCGCGUUAGGUCGCCCAAGGUGUAUGGUUUUCCCCUGUGUUUUGGUUUGUGUACGGAAGAACAGGAAGUCAGCCGGGAGUUGGUAGUUUUUGUCUUUUCCGUUGGCGUUGCGGUGUUUGAUGACCGUCUUACCGUCUUGGAUACUUGUCGUGUAGAUUUGUGUGGAGCAGUAAGGGGACGUUCUACGUCAAUCGUGUGUCUGUGGUCUGGUAUGUAUGUACAAGUGCGUACGAGGAUCCGUGAGGCUGUACGUGGUGUGUGUGGGGGGGUGGUCAGAGUUCGAUGUCAACGUCUUGAAGUGUUUGGUAUAUUUUCUACUCGAAGUAGUACGUACGUGUGUUUUUGCACCUUUCCCAGACUUAGUAAAUAGCAUUUUGUCCUCCGAAUACAGGUUUGUCUUCCGUGUUUGGAUGAGAACGUGCGUUGUGCUGGCAUUUGUCUGGGAGCUUAAGUCGGGAUCAGCAACGGGCUAGGAAUUACUAUUCUGCUUGUUUGUUGACCGUUGACGAGUUGGACAUUCAUGUCCAGCGCUUGCUUGUUGUGUGUGUGUGCUUGCAUCGCACGCGUGUUUGUGUGGUUCCAUGCCGAGGAAAGAAACUCGUGGGAGUUUGUUCGUGUCUUGCAGAGUGGCGGGGUGUUCGCGCAGAAGUUAAUGUAGUUUCGUCCACUGUUGUGACUACUAUUCAUCGUUUCUUAGGCGUUAUAGCCCUACAUCAGUGUAGUAUUGGCGAAGAUAGCUGUUUUU